AUGCAGCCCAGGAGGGGCGCCUCUCACGAGGAAGCUGACAUGGGCUCAGCAGGGGCAGAAACCGUGGACUCUCAGUUCCUUCUGCUUUUCUUUGAAAAUCUUAAUGGUUCUUCAUUUGCUCUUUUUAAAAGGAAAAAACAGGCCCAGGACAACCUCAGCAGUCUGUCGAGUGCCUGGCCCUAUGCAACAGCCUCUGGAUGUCAUGAUAAUGACCCACCGAAUUUGUUGCAGUUCCCUGUGAGCCAGUUAACCGGGCCCUUGUUUAUUAGGAAGUCCAGCUCCCCUCUCGGCACUCACACCCUUCGUUGUCUCGAUCUUAAGCCAAACGCAGGCAGGGCGUAA